AUGUCUCCUCCGACAAGGCAAUUCCACAGGCUUUCGAUCGGUCAAAAUAUGCCUGAUUCUCAAGCCCAAUCUUCUCGGACAACUCGCGCAGCCGGGCGGGCGAUCUCUUCCGACAACGAGACGCCUAUCCACGAAGACGAAGAGCGUGACAGCUCGGCGGUAGAGAAUUCGAGUGAGGAUGCUGAUGAGAGCAGUGAGGAAGAGUCUACUGGCCCUUCAACUGUCGUGGCUCGUUCAGGAAUCACCUAUGAUCUGAGCUAUCUAGAUGACGAGUCUGAAGCGAGAGCCCUGGUGGGCUUGACGGGACAAUUUGACGUCGUCAAUUGUCGUGCCUCGUCUUCUGGAUAUGACUUUCAAUUCCUGGAUCGGCCGCAGGUCCAUCUUGGGCCCAAUGCACCUACUUGCACCUGUUCGACUUUCCAAGAUCGGCCGCAGAUGGCCUGCCAACACAUUUUUUGGCUCGUCGAUCAGCUCCAUGGCUGUUUCCUUACUAGUCCCCCGUCCACGGAGGUGGCCAUGUCACACGACGGCCGCCCUCGUGUGCGGCCGCCUCUGGAAGACCUGCUCAAUGGCAAGCUCGAGGAUGUGGCAGACCGGCUCCGUUGGCAGUACCUACGGGACGAGGACGAUGGCAGAAAUGUGGGCAUGACUCGGUUCGAGAAGGUUCGAGACGUGCUCUCUGCCUUCAGCCCGAAGAUUUUGCCAGAAGACUUCCGUCAGGACCUCGCCGAGACUGCAAGGCAUCCACGCACCGCAGAACAAUGCGUGGUACAAGGAGACUUUGAGGCAACUAUCUUCCGGCUUGCUGUUCAUGACGAUGGCGUCUUUAAUAGCCUCUGCAAGGCCAUGCCUGCUGGAGCCUGUGCAGCCAUCUACUUUGACAAGGUUCAGGAACAGUCGCGCCGGCUGUUACUCGAUUUCGACCGCUAUUGCGCGACAGGAGAGCGGCCCGUGGAGUCAAGUAGCUCUGGCGGAGGGACUGUCGAAGUCGACGAGGUAGUCCGACAGCUGUGCCGUUCAGUCUCUCGCAUUCGCGCGAACACGGCCCUUCGCACGCCAUAUGGCUCCGAGGGUGCUGCCAAAGCUCUCGUUUCGAUUCUAGAAGCGAUUGCCGCGCGAAAUAAAGACCCGCUGGAUGGAAAUACUUGGGGCCGGACCUCCUUCCACGGCGAGGACGAAGACCAGCGCAAUCUUUACCAUUUGUUGAUUGGGUCGGAAGACAUGGACCUGGGACCGGGAGAAGAACUUUUUGUCCUCGACGCCCUGCACGCCCUGCCCCCCGCCGACAUUGCUCAAUUUACUCCGAAGCUACUCGACAUUCAGCGAAAAAUUGAAGUGAAUCGCGCACCCAAGCCGUUCCUUCUGCGGCUGAGUGCGUUGGUCCGUGUGGCCGAGUCUGCCAGCGCUGGCGCUGCUGCAGGCUCCUCAGGGUCCGGACAGAAACGACCCGCAGCUGGCUCUUCGGGAGGCAACACGAAGCGAAGCCGUUGA